CAAGUGUGUGUGGGUGCUCUGUGUAUGACGUAAAGCGAUAAAGCAAACGCAUUCCCCCCACUCCUUGCAUAUGUGUGUGUGUGCAAGUGUUGUGUUUCUCUCUCAUCAGUUUUGCAUCUAAUUAGGAGCGGAAAGCAUUGAUUGGCUGCCAAACGCCGCGGUUUGUUGUUUUUUUCGCUGCAUUUCGGCCAAAAGGCUUGCCGCAGCUGCAUAUGUGUCGCUAUGUGUGUGUCAGUGUUGCACAGUGCCGCCAGUGCCCACAAAAUGGGCGCACAACAACAAAAGCAGCAACUCGGUUGGGAUUUUCGCGAUCCUACGCUGGCUCGGAGCUCCCCUUUUCCUAUUUCCAAUUCCCAGCCAGCGGGCUGCCGUUUUUCCUUUUUGUUAUCCGUUGCCAGACGCAACGAAAACGACAGUUGGCAUUUGAAUUCAGCACAAACACACAUACUAACGCCGACCCGCAAGCAGCACACACACACACACUGGGACACUCGAAAAAAAAAAAACAGACGCUGUCGGCGACCUCGACAAGCAGUUGGGCACAUUUUGCACACCACAACGUAGUUACUACAUCUACGACUAACGGAACUCCUCCUGCAAGCAGUGGAAGUUGCUGUCCAUCAAGCAGUACUCGGAGUUAACGCAGGAUAAGCCGGGAGAAAGAGAAAGAGAUCGGUGGAGAAUAGAGAUAUACAGGUGGAGUCAAAGAGGAAGGAUCAUGGACAUGAUUACGGUGGGGCAGAGCGUCAAGAUCAAGCGGACGGAUGGCCGCGUCCACAUGGCCGUGGUGGCGGUGAUCAACCAGUCGGGCAAGUGCAUCACAGUCGAAUGGUACGAGCGCGGCGAAACGAAGGGCAAGGAGGUAGAACUGGACGCCAUACUCACGCUCAAUCCGGAGCUAAUGCAAGAUACUGUCGAACAGCACGCCGCCCCGGAGCCCAAGAAACAAGCCACCGCGCCGAUGAACCUCUCGCGUAAUCCCACACAAUCGGCUAUCGGUGGCAAUCUCACCAGCCGUAUGACCAUGGCCGGAAACAUGCUGAACAAGAUCCAGGAAAGCCAGUCGAUUCCCAAUCCGAUUGUCAGCAGCAAUAGCGUGAAUACAAACAGCAACUCCAACACUACGGCCGGCGGAGGUGGUGGCACCACAACGUCGACGACCACUGGAUUACAGCGUCCACGGUACUCGCAAGCUGCUACCGGCCAGCAGCAGACAAGGAUCGCCUCGGCGGUGCCUAAUAACACAUUGCCCAAUCCCAGCGCGGCAGCCAGUGCUGGUCCGGCGGCACAAGGAGUCGCCACUGCGGCCACAACCCAGGGAGCUGGCGGCGCUAGUACCCGGCGAUCGCACGCAUUGAAAGAGGUGGAGCGACUGAAGGAGAAUCGCGAGAAGCGACGCGCCCGACAGGCCGAGAUGAAGGAGGAGAAGGUGGCGCUGAUGAACCAGGAUCCGGGCAAUCCAAACUGGGAGACGGCGCAAAUGAUACGCGAAUAUCAGAGCACGCUGGAAUUUGUGCCGCUGCUCGAUGGCCAGGCCGUCGAUGACCAUCAGAUCACAGUGUGCGUGCGCAAGCGUCCCAUUAGCCGCAAGGAGGUCAAUCGCAAGGAGAUCGAUGUCAUUUCGGUGCCGCGCAAGGACAUGCUCAUCGUGCACGAGCCGCGCAGCAAGGUCGACCUCACCAAGUUCCUGGAGAACCACAAGUUUCGCUUCGACUACGCCUUCAACGACACGUGCGACAAUGCCAUGGUAUACAAAUACACAGCCAAGCCGUUGGUGAAAACCAUUUUCGAGGGCGGAAUGGCGACGUGCUUCGCCUACGGCCAGACGGGAUCGGGCAAAACGCACACCAUGGGCGGUGAGUUUAAUGGAAAGGUGCAGGACUGCAAGAACGGCAUCUACGCCAUGGCGGCCAAGGAUGUCUUUGUGACCCUGAAUAUGCCGCGUUACCGCGCCAUGAAUCUAGUCGUCUCGGCCAGUUUCUUUGAGAUUUACAGUGGCAAGGUCUUCGAUCUUCUGUCCGACAAGCAGAAACUGCGCGUCCUGGAGGAUGGUAAACAGCAAGUGCAGGUGGUGGGACUCACCGAGAAGGUGGUCGAUGGCGUCGAGGAGGUACUGAAGCUCAUCCAGCACGGCAAUGCUGCCCGAACAUCCGGCCAGACGUCGGCCAACUCCAAUUCGUCGCGUUCGCACGCCGUUUUCCAGAUUGUGCUGCGGCCGCAGGGCUCGACGAAGAUCCAUGGCAAGUUCUCGUUCAUCGAUCUGGCGGGCAAUGAGCGGGGCGUGGACACUUCCUCGGCCGAUCGGCAGACGCGUAUGGAGGGUGCCGAGAUUAACAAAUCGCUGCUGGCCCUCAAGGAGUGCAUUCGUGCGUUGGGCAAACAGUCGGCCCACUUGCCCUUCCGUGUCUCCAAACUCACCCAGGUGCUGCGCGACUCGUUCAUUGGCGAGAAGAGCAAGACGUGCAUGAUAGCCAUGAUCUCGCCGGGACUUAGCUCCUGCGAGCACACGCUCAACACGCUGCGCUAUGCGGAUCGUGUCAAGGAGCUGGUGGUCAAGGAUAUCGUCGAAGUUUGCCCUGGCGGCGACACCGAGCCCAUCGAGAUCACGGACGACGAGGAGGAGGAGGAGCUCAACAUGGUGCAUCCGCACUCGCAUCAGCUGCAUCCCAAUUCGCAUGCACCGGCCAGCCAGUCGAAUAAUCAGCGUGCUCCGGCCUCUCAUCACUCGGGGGCGGUCAUUCACAACAAUAAUAAUAACAACAACAAGAACGGAAACGCCGGCAACAUGGACCUGGCCAUGCUGAGUUCGCUGAGCGAACACGAGAUGUCCGACGAGCUGAUUGUGCAGCACCAGGCCAUCGACGACCUGCAGCAGACGGAGGAGAUGGUGGUGGAGUAUCAUCGCACCGUUAAUGCCACACUGGAGACCUUCCUCGCCGAGUCGAAGGCGCUGUACAAUCUGACCAACUAUGUGGACUACGACCAGGACUCGUACUGCAAACGGGGCGAGUCGAUGUUCUCGCAGCUGCUGGACAUCGCCAUCCAGUGCCGCGACAUGAUGGCCGAAUAUCGCGCCAAGUUGGCCAAGGAGGAGAUGCUGUCGUGCAGCUUCAAUUCGCCGAAUGGCAAGCGUUAGUUCAUUCCCGCAUUCGACCCGUUCAUCCACAAUCACCAACAAUCAUCCACCACACCCAACCAGGCGUACACUUUACAUUACAAAUUCCCUCUGGCUUCCCAAUGGACGUGUCUGUCGUGCAGUCCCCUAAAACAAUCUCUCUAUCACCUUUGCCCCAAACCGUCGAGUUUAUGUCGCUGCGAGUUUAUGGUUUAUUAAGUUUUUAACUGAUAAAUAAUAGUCGAGAGCCUAUAUUUUACAAACGAACUAAGCACGGGAACAGACCAGAUACCACAGCAUUAAUACCAUUAUGAGAGCAACGCAAACCAAUAAAAAGGAACUCAACUGAAAACUGAAGACAGGCUAGGCUGGCUGGCCACGACUUUGUUUGGAUUCGCCGUGAACUAUGAUUAUAUGAAUAUAAUUGUAAUUUCAGCGCAGUCGAUACUCUAAUUGUGUAAAAGAAAAAGACAUUUACUAUACAAUAUAUAUAUAUUUACUACUUACAAACAUACGUUCUACUCUAAACAAUGAUAUGAGAUUCCAUUUAAUUUUUAACAAAUAACCUUAUGCGAUUCGAUUCGAUGCGAUUUGUUUCCCUCAUUUUUGUUCAUUUUGUAGAAUUACUCGACCAGAGUUGUUUGUUCAUGCCACGGCACAAAUCUACUAGUUUUUAAAUUACGAACUAAUCGCGCAUUGUAUUUAUUUAAAGGCCACAAAACUGUAUUUAAUUUGUAUUAAUUUAUUAAAGUACUACUGCACCAAAUCCGAUUUACAUACGUAUUCCCAUAGCCAGUAACUAUUAAUGAUUUUCACACGCAAACCGAACUGCAAUCUUAGACAGCAAGUGUUUUUUUUUGUGAAACUUUUUAUGCCCCUUCUUUAUAAAUUUAUAUAUCUACAUAUAAAUUAUUUACAUUAUAUUUUUUUUUGUCAUUUUAAGCGACUUCGGUGAAGAAUUUAAAAUGCAAACUGUUUUUGCUAUACGAUUAUUAUGAUUUAGAGAUGAUUUGCAUUUCAUUUUGUACUAAUAUUUAUUGCAUAUAUUUAAUUAUGUUUACACGACUAAAAACUAAACUAUCGAAAGCAAAUCAAACGAAACUUAACCAAAUCAUGGAUUUCCACACACUGCUGUUUGUGCUGCGAUAAAAACGAAACAACAAAGCAAAAUACACUGAGAAAAAACACACACACAAAUCUGUUCCAAAUAGCGGAGAACCUAGUAUCGUAGCCUUAAAAAGAAAAGUAAAAAAGAAAGCAAACAAAGCAAACUAAACUAAAUCGAAAAUGUGAACGAAACAUACUCACGUGCUUCUCCUAAAGUAUUUAUCCAAUCAAGACGUUUAAUCUUUUUGUUAUGGCAUUUCCUCAGAGCACUUUAAAAAUGAAAAUACUAAACAAAACCCAAGGCAGGCGAAUGAUAAUGAUAAACCAUUUUUUAAUCCACCAAAUGCGAGUUUUUAAAACAAUGUUAAUAUGGCAAAACCAACUGAAUGAGUGCUUCGAUAUUAUGCGGUAUAAAUAAUGAAAGUGUUAGGACUUGGACUCUAAUAAUGUAUUAUUAAAUAUAAAUAAUAAAUUAUAUUGUAAUGAAACGUGAACAUACACAACUAAAUUUAACAUUAAAGAUGUGUAAAGC